AUGGCCGAUGGCAAACUUUCCAGGAAUCUAGCCGUGACGACGAUCCUCACGGCCCAGUGCUUCUGCAAAGCAGUUCACUUCGCCCUCGUCAUUCCAACCUCUUCCCUCCCACUCAAAGUCCACCUUUGUCACUGUAGUAUCUGUCGCUAUACCCAUGGAACCCUCUGCAUCUUCCAUGCACCCCUCCCGUCGGGCGUCGCCCCGGACUUCAUCGCCCCGUCGUCGCUCUCAAACUUGACUGCCUAUCGCCACGCCACCGCCUUGAGCACGCGGUACUUCUGCAGUACCUGCGGCUGCCACAUCGGGGACGUAGGCAUCGACGACGAUGAAUGGGUCGUUUCGACGUCCAUGUUCGACGCGAACAAGGGCGACGUCCCGAGCAUCUGGGAUAUCCGUACCCACGUCAACACGGCUUCGGCGCCCGGGGGCGGGUUCUAUGACUGGCUUCCAAGCAUAUCGACAAAGGAGAUGAAGGUCUGGAACCCGGAGGAACCCAGCCUGAACGAGAUCGCGGUGGCGCUUGGGAGUGAAGUCGGGACGGACGGCGACGAGGUCCUCCGGGCACAGUGUCACUGCGGCGGCGUGUCCUUUUCCAUCUCGCGUCCCACAGCCGCGAUGAUCGGCGACGAAGCUUACAAGGCGUGGCAUUCGCCCAUCGACCCGACCAAGUGGGCGGCCUGCCUCGACGUGUGCGGCGACUGCCGUCUACAGACCGGCGCCCACGCCGUGGGCUGGGCCCUGAUACCGGAGUCGUGCAUCUCGCCCCACGUCCCCGCGGAUCUCAGCAUCGGCACAUCCAAGGCGUUUGCUUCCUCCGAGGGCGUGACACGCUCGUUCUGCGGGAGGUGCGGCGCGACAGCAAUGGGGUACUUUGACUGCGGCGGGACACGGAGGCAAGGUGACGGCGAGCGGUUGCUGAACGUGACGGCUAGCAUCUUGAGGGCGCCGGAAGGGGUCCUGGCACAAGAUUGGCUAACGUGGAGGACUGACCACUUGGCUUGGGCGGCGAGCGGGAUGAGCUACGAUGCUGCCUUUACUGAGGCGCUGGGCAAGGGGUUUGCGAGCUGGGGAAGGGCGAGACAUGAAGAAAUUCCCGAGAUAGGGUUCGGGGCAGAACCCGGGACGAGAUGA